CAGAUCUUGGCUUCAUUGCGCAGUUCAACUAAAACUUUGGUCAAAUGAUCCAAUAAUCUUUGCUAAAUAAUUUCAUCAUUUGGUACAAAUUAGGAAUCGAAAUUGCAUUGUUCAAUCGAGUCUAAACCACCGUCUGAGAGUUUCCAGUUUCAUCAUGAACUUGAACUUUUCCUGGGAAAAAGUGAGCCAAGAGAGCUGCGGCAGUUGCAAUUAAUCUUUUCAUUAAUUUGUUGCAGAUUCAAUGAGUAUCAAGUAACAAGAGAGAAGAAGAAAAAAGUUCGUAAAAAAUCGUAAAAAGUUCAAUUGUGAUUAGUCGAAAGAUGACGACAGCAUUAACAAUCGAUGUAACUGAUGCCUACACAUUGUCCAAUAGUAAUACUUCAAUCUAUUUAAAUGUAUCCAAAUCAUCGUCUAAACUGGUCGCCGAGUCACUCACUUCAUCUUCAUUAUCAUCCAUUAAAUCAUCCUUUUCAUCUCUAAUAUCAUCUGUAACUUCAAACUACAAACAUGACAAUCAAAGUGAACCCGUGAUAAUAAAUUCUGGCGCUAAUGUUUAUAACAAUUUAAAUGAUUUAACUUCUAGUAACUUAACCAAUAGUCAAACUAAUUUUGUUAACAAUGCUGUUGUCCCGGAAUCAGCAAUCUUGAGCCUUCUUCCAGUCACACUUUCCUCAGCCUCAGCCUCACUCUCAUCGGGUUCACCCUCGUCUCUGGCAUCACCCUUCAACCUAAACACAACCCUACUGGUUGAACCCUAUGAAGACCAAGGGAUUGGACUGGUAGUCAAUGUAACCAAAGACUAUCCACUCGAGUAUGCCAUUAUCAUGUUUGGUUACAUAAUGCCUUUCCUACUGAUUGUAACCCUCAUCACCAACAGCCUGGUAGUCAUUGUGCUAGCCCAACGAGAGAUGAGAACCCCGACCAACCUGGUUCUCCUGGCCAUGGCCAUAUCGGACAUGUUGACCCUUCUCUUUCCCUCUCCCUGGUAUUUUUACAAUUACACUCUCGGCUAUCACAGCAAGAUACUUCAUCCUCCGGUUGCCUGUUAUGCUUACCAUUGUAUGAUUGAAGUGAUUCCCGCCUUUUUUCACACCGCAUCCAUCUGGUUGACUCUUGUCCUUGCUGGUCAAAGGUACAUUUAUGUUUGCCAUCCAACGGUUGCACCCAAAUACUGUACACCGCCCAAAGUGGCCCGUGCCAUUGUUACCGUUUUCGUUUUAAGCCUGAUUGUACAAGCAUCAAGGUUUGCCGAUCGCGACUUUCAAGAGGUAACCCUUGACUCUGAUUCUGGUCCCGUCUAUGGUUGCCGUUUUUUCACCGCCACCUGGGUUAAGCGACUCUUUUCCGAAGAUGCCUAUUACAUCUUCUAUUAUAGUUUUCGAAUUAUUUUUGUCAACAUUGGCCCUUGUACGGCCCUUGUAAUCCUUAAUUUGGCCCUGUUUCGGGCACUUCGUCGAGCCCAGCACAAGAGGAAAAAGUUGUUUCAAGAGAAUCGCCGGUCCGAGUGUAAAAAGUUGUGCGACACCAAUUGUACCACUCUCAUGUUGAUUGUGGUCGUCUCCGUUUUCCUGGCCACUGAGAUUCCCAUGGCCAUAACAACAGUUUCCCAUGUGAUACAAAAUUCACUCGAUAUUCACAUUGCCUCAUAUGAAUAUCUCAAUUUGACAAUAUUGUUUAGCAAUUUUCUCAUUAUGCUCAGUUACCCGUUCAACUUUGCCAUCUACUGUGGCAUGUCCAGACAGUUUAGGGAAACAUUUAAAGCACUUUUCAUCCCAGGUGGACGCUCAGCUCUCUCUGAUAGAUCAAGGCAAACCAGGGAAGGUUCAACGAGAUAUUCAGUUGCCAAUGGACCGCGAACAUCUACCAAUGAAACUGUCCUUUGACCUGAAAUCACUGUCUUUCCUUUUUAUUUUUGCUUUCACCUUUUUCGGCUUAUCAAAUGUUUUCCUUUUUUCCUUUUUUCCUUCUUUCCAAUUUCAAUUGUGACCACAAAAUUAAUCAAAUAUAAACGAUAAAUGAAACUCUUUUAUUCACUAUUAUUGUAUUAAAUACUUGUCUUGUGUUAUUAAAUGUUGCUUAUAAUUAUAAAUCAAAAUGUCGAUCAACAAUGCACAACAAAAAAGACUAAAAUUAAAUAUCUAAAUUGUACACAAUUUGAUAAUU